GUAUUAGCUUUCACUUCUUUAUGCCUUAAAUUCCAUGAGUAGCAAAUCGAAAGUCACCCAAAUAAAUGGCAGCAUUUUCCAGAGGCGGGAGAACUGUUAAUAGUCGUUUUGUUUUACACUUGACAUGAGCUUUGGCUUCCUCUUGUCGCCUGGAGGCUUCCCGCUUCCGGUGCUUGGGUGAUUUGCAGUCUUUACAGUUUAUGGAGACGCCUCUGUAAUGACUGUUUAUCUGGAGUAAAGGCUUUCUGGUGUUACGGAGUUACAUCGGUGCUAAGUGCAGAGCCGUGUGUUGGUUGGUGUGCGAGGAGGGCGAGGUGCCGCCGUGCGCGGCUCUUCCCCGGGAAGUCAGCGGAGCUGAACGCAGCACUUGCUCUCGCCGGGCUCAGCCCGACACCGCUCAGCCUCGGCGGCGAGUUCUGCAUCGCAUUGAACACUCUGAGAGAGCUAUUUGGAUAACAAAAUGAAGCCUGCGAAGCUGCACUAUUGGACUCUGGGUUGGUUUUCCAUGGCACUAUGUUGUUGGUGUGCUUCAGAUACAUUUACUCAAAGUGACAACCACCCUCAUCCCUGGAAAAAGCUGUAUUUUGCUCAUCAUUGGCCAGUGACUGUAUGUAAGAUGAAUGCUAAUGAUUGUCAUGACCCUCCAAAGUACUGGACAAUCCAUGGAUUGUGGCCUGACAGAGCUGAAGACUGUAAUAGGACAUGGCAUUUCAAUGUCACCGAGAUCAAGGAUCUGAUGUCAGACAUGAGACACUACUGGCCGGAUGUGCUUCAUUCAUCUCUGAAUCGCACCCAGUUCUGGAAACAUGAGUGGGACAAACAUGGCACUUGUGCAGCCACACUUGAGGCCCUUAAUUCUCAGAAAAAGUACUUUGGUAAAGCCUUAGAACUCUACCAGCAUGUUGAUCUCAAUGGUUGUCUCUUGAAAGCUGAGAUAAAGCCAAGCAGUUCAUAUUACAAGAUGACUGCUAUAAAGGAAGCUCUUACAAGUUUUUAUGGUGUAACACCGAAGAUCCAAUGCCUUCCUCCAGAAGAGGGUGAAAAAGCACAAACAAUUGGCCAGAUUGAAUUCUGCUUCACCAAAGAACUGCAACUGAUAAACUGCAUGGUGCCAAAGGGUGAAUCCAACCCAGUGCAGGCUCACUUGAAGCUUGGAACUGAAGAGCUGUCAGUCUGCAAUGAUACUCUCCCAACCUAUUAUCCUUCAGAGGUCCAAGGUCACAAAUGAAGCCAUAAGAUUGAGAAAAACUUUUUAAACAGCAACAAAACCCAAACUCAUGUAAUAUCACAAGCCCCUGUCCCUAUCACAGGCCUACAGUGAAGAUUUCUGCUGGAAAACAAAGUUCUUUUGCUAUUAAAGGAAAGUGGUCCACAUGAUGGGAUCAGCAUCUGA